AUGCCUCAGCCGGCGCCGUUGGGUGUGCUGCCAUUAACCAAUAUUCUCCGGUCUCUCAUGACGACGACCGUUUCGUCAUCCCCGCUCCUGCUCCCGCCGUCCCUAGCCAUGAUGUCCGUCCUGGCGAACACCUCUGUUGCGGUUCUCAACCCAGACAGAAACCCCCUUCUCCGCUUCUUCCUGAAAAAAACAUUCUAUGCCCAAUUCUGCGCGGGCGAGAACCCGCUGGAAGUACGACGGACGAUCGAAUCGCUGAAAGCGAUCGGCCUAAGCGGCGUCAUUCUGGGUUACGCCAAGGAGGUCGUGCUCACCGAAGCACAGAUGAAGGAUCUCGCCUCAUGCAGCACUGGCGCUGUUGCCGAAGACUGUGUACGAACCGAGAUCACCCCCUGGGCCAAUGGCACCAUGGAGACGGUACGCCUUGCCUCGCCGGGCGACUUCGUCGCGCUCAAGUUCACCGGCGCCGGCCGCCAGGCGCUUCACGCCCUCUCUCAGCGCCUGCAGCCUUCCGAGGCCUUGGCCUCGGCCAUUGACAGCAUCUGCCAGCUCGCUGCAUCACGCGGUGUGCGCCUGCUCUUUGACGCAGAGCAGCAGGCCCUCCAGCCGGGCAUCGAUGACUGGUCCCUCGCGUACAUGCGAAAGUACAACACGGGGCAGAACGCCGUUGUCUAUGGCACAUACCAGGCGUAUCUCAAGUCGACGCCGUCGACGAUCGGCCGGCACCUCGCCGCCGCCAGCCAGGGUGGCUUUACCCUCGGCGUCAAGCUGGUCCGUGGCGCCUAUUUGGGUUCCGACCCCCGCCACCUCAUCCACAACACCAAGGCCGACACGGACGCGGCUUACGACGGCAUCUCCGAGGCGUUGCUGCGGGGCAAGUGGAGCGCGGGUCUCGAGCCACCGCGGGGUGAGAAGGGCGGGACCGCCGCGUUUCCCAACGUGAGCGUGGUCGUGGCCACGCACAACCGGGAGUCGGUGGUCAAGGCGCGCAAGGUCCUCUCCGAGAUCAACACGGACGUGGACGUGGCGUUUGCCCAGCUCCAGGGGAUGGCGGACGAGGUCAGCUGCGAGCUGGUGACAACCCGCGCCGCCAACAGGGCGCCGCGCGCCUACAAGUACCUCGUCUGGGGCUCGACGGGCGAGUGUAUGAAGUAUUUGCUGCGGAGGGCGCACGAGAACCGGGAUGCGGUGCAGCGGACCCGGGCGGGGCGGGAUGCCAUGCGGGUCGAGCUAUUUCGGAGGGUGAAGAGCCUUUUUGGGCUGUCGGCGUAG